GCUCUGCCACCUUCCCGGGGCCGGGAGCUCAGCCGCCGCCGCCGCUGCCGCUGCUGCGUCCUCCCGCGCUCCGCUUCGCCCGCUGCUUUGCUGCCGCAUUCCAGCCCGGAGUGCAGAGCCGGCGCUGGCCCCGCAGCCCGCUUGCCCUCGGUAUGGGGGGCCGCUGAUAGCGCGCGUCCUCCGACACCUGCCGCCCCGGCCCCAGCCUCGGGCCAGCCCGCCUCGGACACCCCUGCUCCGCUCCGGUGCCCGGCACGGCCCUGCGCCCUGCGCCUCCGGCCCGGAGCACCGGGUCUCCGCCCCCCCCGCCCGUGCCCGGGACACCUGGGUCCCCCGGCGGCCCCCGGGAGAGGGGCGGGGGGGGCAUGAAGCCGCUGGAAAAAUUCCUCAAGAAGCCCACGUCGCAGCUGGCGGGGCGCGCGGUGGCCGCGGGUCCGGGCGGGGGUCCGGGCGGCAGGCCCGGCGGGGGCGGGGGGCCUCCUGGAGGGCCGCGGGCACUGCAGCGACGCCAGAGCAUGUCCCGCCUGCUGCUCCCCGCUUUCUUGCGCGAGCCCCACUCCGACCAGGGGCUGGAGCCGCCCGCGGAGGAGGACCAGGCCGAGCUGGCUGGGGUGGCUGAGGACCCAGGCGGCGGGGGACCCUGCUGGCUUCAGCUGGAUGAAGUGCCGGGGCCCCUGCGCUCCCCGUCCUCCUAUUCCUCGGAUGAGCUGUCCCCGGGUGAGCCCCUGACUUCGCCACCCUGGGCCCCGCUGGGCGCCCCGGAACGGCCGGAGCACCUUCUCGACCGGGUCCUGGAGCGCCUAACCAGCGGGGCUACCAGGGACAGCGGCGCCUCAGAUAUCCUGCUGGAUGACAUUGUGCUGACACACUCUCUCUUCCUCCCAACGGAAAAAUUCCUGCAGGCCCUGCACCAAUAAUAUCCUUUUGUGGACUUUGUUCAGGCAGGGGACCUGGAAGAUCCCGAGGGGCUGAGCCGGAAGCAGGCCUGCCUGGCCAUGCUCCUCCACUUCCUGGACACCUACCAGGGGCUGCUGCAGGAGGAAGAGAGCGCUGGCCACAUCAUCAAGGAUCUAUACCUGCUGAUUAUGAAGGACGAGUCCCUCUACCAGGACCUCCGGGAGGACACGCUGAGGCUGCACCAGCUGGUGGAGACGGCAGAGCUGAAGAUCCCAGAGGACAGCCAGCCGCCUAGCAGGCAGGUGAAGCCACUCUUCCGCCACUUCCGCCGCAUUGACUCCUGCCUGCAGACCCGAGUGGCCUUCCGGGGCUCAGAUGAGAUCUUCUGCAGGGUCUACAUGCCCGACCACUCCUACGUGACCAUACGCAGCCGCCUCUCGGCUUCCGUGCAGGACAUCUUGGGCUCUGUGACCGAGAAACUGCAGUACUCUGAGGAGCCUGCCGGCCGGGAGGAAACCCUCAUCCUGGUAGCUGUGGCCUCCUCAGGAGAGAAGGUCCUGCUACAGCCCAAUGAGGACUGCGUCUUCACCACACUGGGCAUUAACAGUCACCUGUUUGCCUGUACCCGGGACAGCUAUGAGGCCCUGGUACCCCUCCCCGAGGAGAUCCAGGUGUCCCCGGGAGACACAGAGAUCCACCGUGUGGAGCCUGAGGAUGUUGCCAACCACCUGACUGCCUUCCACUGGGAGCUGUUCCGCUGUGUGCAUGAGCUGGAGUUCGUGGACUACGUGUUUCACGGGGAGCGUGGCCGCCGCGAGACCGCCAACCUGGAGCUGCUGCUGCAGCGCUGCAGCGAGGUCACUCACUGGGUGGCCACUGAAGUGCUGCUAUGCGAGGCCCUGAGCAAGCGUGCCCAGCUGCUCAAGAAGUUCAUCAAAAUCGCAGCCAUCUGCAAGCAGAACCAGGACCUGCUGUCCUUCUACGCCGUGGUCAUGGGGCUGGACAACGCCGCCGUCAGCCGCCUGAGGCUCACCUGGGAGAAGCUGCCAGGAAAAUUCAAGAACUUGUUCCGUAAAUUCGAGAACCUGACGGACCCCUGCCGGAACCACAAAAGCUACCGAGAGGUCCUCUCCAAGAUGAAGCCCCCUGUGAUCCCCUUCGUGCCUCUGAUCCUCAAAGACCUGACGUUCCUGCAUGAGAGCAGCAAGACUCUGGUGGACGGCUUGGUGAAUCUGGAGAAGCUGCACUCGGUGGCCGAGAAAGUGAGGACAAUCCGGAAGUACCGCAGCCGGCCCCUCUGCCUGGACAUGGAGGCCUCGCCCCACCACCUGCAGACCAAGGCCUACGUGCGACAGUUUCAGGUCAUUGACAACCAGAACCUCCUGUUUGACCUCUCCUACAAGCUGGAGGCCAACAGCCAGUGAGGCCACCCCCACCCUGCCGGCUCCUUGGUGCCUGGCACCCAAGCACUUUGUACUGUGUCCCCACACCCGUGAUGGGUAUUUCCCAUGGGAAGAGUGAGAUGGAUUUCCAAGGACUCAUCAUCAUCCUGCUGGAACCCUCUCCCAGUGCCCCUUUGGCUCGAGCCGAAGGAUGCAAGGAGCCCCUUCCGUUGCCCUCACACAGCCGUGUCUCAGAGACAGAGCUCCUGCCUCCUCUCCCCAGCCAGGGAGGCGUGGGCCCCCUCAUCCUCCCCUGUCCGGCCUCCCUGGGGAGGUUGUACCCCUGAACUUUGCUCUGUGUGUGUAUGCGCAGGUGCCCGAGUGGUGGAGGGAAGGGGUCCUUUCUGUUUGGUGCUACCCUUGUCUGCGCUGGUGACCCCAAGUCCUCUGUUCUCCCUGCCAGGCCUGUGGGCCUGGCGGCUCCCCACAAGGUCCCCGGAUAGGGUGUGCUCAGGGAAAGCAGGCCUGCGGCACCCUCUCCCUGCCCUGCGGGGGGGUGGGUGUUGGCAGAGCCAGGGGCUGGUGCCUGCUCCCCACAUUUCUGCUCUCUGGAGCAUCUUAUGGCUGCAUUGCGUCCCCUGGCUCUUGUGUCCCACAUGGACAACAGUUCUGUGCCCCUCCCUGCGCACAGCCCUUCUGGGGUGGGCUGGCAGGCAGCUCCCUAGAAGUAGGGUAGAGGGGUAAAGGUGAAUCUAGAGUCUGGGGGAGGCCCAGGCCUCCUGUCAUCUCCCUUCCAGGGCCCAGAAUGGAGGGGUUUAAGGACCCCUGGCGGCUCGGGUGAGGCUUCCAGGCACAGGCUCCCCUCUUCCUGCCAGCUCCUUGCAGCCAGCACAGCUGCACCCCUGCCCCUGCCCCUCCCUGCCCCAAGGUGUAUAUAUUUUUUACCCAAAGCUCUGGAAUUGUAAAUUUAUUUUUUAAAAGCCCCCAGAGAGGGAAAGAGCCUUGUAUCAUAUGUAAACACUGUAUCAUAGGUCACGUGUACAGGCCCCUUUAUACAGCGGUCCUGAAUCUCCUGUCCCUUCCAAAAUGCCUGUGGAUGCAAAAGGCGUUUCUGGAUGUCCCUGCCCUAGUGUGCCCCAACCUGCAGGCCCCCAUCCUCCCUCCAAGCCCCCAUCAGCUUCUCCUGGUCCCCAGCUCCCAUGAGUACAGCUGCCCAGUCCGGCCCAGCCCACUGCUACCCUGAGGCCCCACCACCCCCAUGUUAUCCUCGAAGAACUUGCUACGGAGAGAAAAAGCUGAGAAAGUCUAGGAAGCAAUGGCCUGCUGUGUCCAACCUGAGUGCCUGAGGCCAGGAAGGACAGGAUGGAGGAGGGAACAGGGAGCCCUCGCCAGACCUGUCACUAGUGUGAACUGAGCAGGGGGGAUGCUUUCCUGAGUGUGUGUCUCAGGUGUGACAGUAGGAAGUAGGAGACUCAGUCCCCAGGGAGGACCAGAGGUGUGGGUGUGUGGGGAAUGGCCUGGCUGCCCCAGUCCUGCUCUCUGUCCUGCUAAAGACACAUCUUCUGCCCAAAGGGCUGUUCUGUCCUCUUGGUCGUUUUCCUGUCCAAAAAUGGUCCUCUUGCAGAAUGUAGUGGUGCACAGGUAUUGUCCAGGCACUCAGGAGGCUGAGGCAGGAAGGUUGCCACAAGUUUGAGGGCACUUAAGCUACCUAGUGAAUUCAAGGCCAGCCUGAACUACAUAUCGAGACGUUGUCUCAACAGCAAAGGAAUCCAUCUGUCCCCAGGGGUAGGACAAGCUCGGUGCUGGCCCCGAAUCCUCUUCCCCACAGCCCUGGAAACAAGUCCAGUUUGCUGCUCUUCCCCAGUGAAGAGUGGAGACCCCUAGAGCCUCAGAGGUGACAAUGUCAGCCCUGGGCCUCGAGGGGUACCAGAAUCCCCAAGCCUGCAGCUCGACUCCACUGCAAAGCUGGGGCACCCAAGUGCCUCCUCCUGUCCUGGUAUCCUGGAGGCCCAGAAACUGCCCUGCUGGAGUAGGGCAGAGGGCUUCGGGCAGUGCCCCUGUCAUCUGCUAGGUGUCACUACUAAGAUUACCUUCAGGGUGCCAGGCAGCAGGAGGAAGCAGUGGAGAGCAGUUUUUGGAGGAUCUUACUCCUCCUGUGCGGUGGCCCUUAGCGGGUGACUUAGAUGCCACCAGAAGACUGUGUUUCCUCAGUGUCUCCCAGUCUACCAGCCCCAUCCCAUUUAGCACUGAAAUCCUCUCAAAUCACUAAGAUUUCAUCAAGAGAUCCUCCUGUCUCAGCUGCCUCAGUAACCCUAUUGUGGGAAUGCAUCACCACACCUGACUUGGGUUGCAUUUUAUGUAAUGAUCGACUGACUGACUAUGUUUAUGUAUUUACUUUUGAGCCAGGGUCUGGCCUUGUAGUCCAGGCUGGUUUAGAACUCACUGUGAGCCCACGCUGGCCUUGAACUCUGCGGCAAAUCCUCCUGCCUCAGCCUCCUGAACGGUGGGGUUACAGGUGUGCAUGGCUACAGCCACCUGGAAGCCUUUUUUUUCUUUUAAGACAGUUUUGCUGCCUCCCGGCACAGGCUGGCCUCUGAACACAUGGUGGUACAGUCCUUCUGUCUCAGCCUCCAAGUGCUGGGACUCCAGGUGUCUGAAAACGAUCCGAAAGUAGGUCGCACACAUUUUCACUUUGUUCUGUGUACAGCCUCACUGCAAGAAUCUCCUAAAAAUAAGAUUGUCUCCUAUCUACUUACUAUACAGCUGAGAAAACCAGCAGUGGCUUUGCGAUUUCACACAGCACCCAGUGCCUACUUAAGUUUCCUUGGUUGUUUCAAAAAUGUCUUUUACACUUUUUUUCCUUCUUUUUUUUUUUUUUUUUUUUUUUAUCUUUUUCGUUUUUAUCGGUACCAGGGAUCGAACUCACGACCGCCUGCUUGCAAGGCAGGCGCUUAUGCCGCUGAGCUAAACCUCCAGCCCCACUUUUUUUCUUUCUUUUUUUUUUUUAUCGGUACCAGGGAAAAAAAUGUCUUUUAGAAAACAUUAAAAAAAUAAACCCUGCAGGGCAUGGUGGUGCACAGCAGUGACCCCAGCACUCAGGAGGCUGUGGCAGGGGGAUCACCCCAAGAUUGAGGAUUGCCUGGCUACACAGUGAGAUUUUUUUUGUCAUUUUCGUUUUUAUCGGUACCAGGGGUGGAACUCAUGACCACACACUUGCAAGGCAGGCGCUUAUGCCACUGAGCUAAAUCCCCAGCCCCUACACAGUGAGAUUAAGGUCACCUUUGCACAGUGAGACCUUGUCUUAAAUUAAGAGACCAAGAGACCACUUAAGAGUAAUCCCAAUCCUUGGGGGCUGGGGAUUUAGCUCAGCGGCAUAAGCGUCUGCCUUGCAAGCAGGCAGUUGUGAGUUCGAUCUCCAGUACCGAUAAAAAUGAAAAAAGACCAAAAAAAAAAAAAAAAAGUAAUUCCGAUCCCAUCCAGGUUCCACUAUUGUGUUCGGUUGCUGUCUCCUUCAUCUCUUUCAAUCUACGGUAGCUCAGUAAGUUUUUUCUACCCAAUGACAUUGACUUUCUGCAGGUGGGACAGAUAUCUUGCAAAGUGUCCCAGAUUAGCUGGGUGUGGUGUGCACAUCUGUCACCCCAGCACUCUGAGAGGCUAAGGCAAGAGGACUGCAAGUCUGAACCCAGCCUGGGCUAUUUAGUGACUGUCUUGAAAAAAUAAAAGGUCUGGAGAUGAAGUCCAGUGUGAAGGCCCUGGGCCUGGUUGCAACCCCUAAUCACAGGAAAAUAAAAGUGUUGCGUGAUAUUUCACACAUACAAAAGCUUAAACACUAACUGGACAUGGCGGUGUGUGUCUAUAAUCCCAGCACUCAGGAGGCUGAGGCAGGAGCAUCACCAUGAGUUUGAAGCCAGCCACUUUGAGACCCUGUCUUAAAAAACACCAAAGGAAA